AUGAGUGUUUCUGCAUUGAGCCCCACCAGGCUCAUGGGCAGCUUCUCUGGACUCCUCCAGGUUGUCUCCUUGCUGGGCCUACUUCUGUUGCUGUUCAAGAUAGUCCAGUUCUUCCUGCAUCGCCUGUGGCUGCUGAGAGCCCUCCAGGAGUUUUCAAGUCCCCCCUCCCACUGGCUCUUUGGGCACCUGAGAGAGUUCCAGAAGGAUCAGGACCUACAAAAGAUUCGGCAAUGGGUAGAAGAAUUCCCUAGUGCUUUUGUGCUGCGGCUACAGGGGAACAAUAUUCGUGUCAUGCUCUAUGACCCUGACUACAUGAAAGUGAUUAUGGGAAGAUCAGAUCCAAAGGCUCCUGGCAACUAUAAAUUCCUGGCUCCUUGGAUUGGGUAUGGUUUGCUCUUGUUGGAAGGGCAGAAGUGGUUCCAGCAUCGGCGCAUGUUGACCCCAGCCUUUCACUCUGACAUCUUGAAGCCCUAUGUGAAGCUCAUGGUGGACUCUGUCCAGAUGAUGCUGGACAGAUGGGAGCACGUUAGUGAGGAUUCUUCCCUGGAGAUCUUUGAUCACAUCUCCUUGAUGACCCUGGACACCAUCAUGAAGUGUGCCUUCAACCACCAAAGCAGUGUCCAGCUGGACAGGAACUCCCAGUCCUACAUUCAGGCCAUUACGGAUGUGAACAACUUGGUGAUUUACCGAGUGAGGAAUAUUUUUCACCAUAACGAGGUCUUCUAUAGGUUAAGCUCCAAAGGCCGCUUGUUCUUCCAUUCCUGCCAGCUUGCCAAGAAGCACACAGACCAAGUGAUCAAGCUGAGGAAGGCUCAUCUGCAGCAAGAAGGAGAGCUGGAGAAGGUCAGGAGCAAGAGGCGCUUGGAUUUCCUGGACAUCCUGCUCUUUGCCAAGAUGGAGGACGGGAGCAGCCUGUCUGAUGAGGACCUGCGCGCCGAGGUGGACACAUUCAUGUUUGAGGGCCAUGACACCACAGCCAGUGGCAUCUCCUGGAUCCUCUAUGCUCUGGCCGCACACCCAGAGCAUCAGCAGAGGUGCCGCGAGGAGAUCCAGAGCAUCCUGGGGGAUGGAGCCUCUAUCAGUUGGGACCACCUGGACAAGAUGCCCUAUACCACUAUGUGCAUCAAGGAGGCACUGAGGAUCUAUCCACCAGUGCCAAGUAUUACCAAAAAGCUCAGCAAGCCAGUCACCUUCCCUGAUGGACGCUCCUUACCCAAAGGUAUUAUACUCAUGCUGUCCAUUUACGGCCUUCACCACAAUCCAAAUGUGUGGCAAAAUCCAGAGGUGUUUGACCCCUCCCGGUUUGCUCCAGAUUCUGAUCGCCACAGCCAUGCUUUCCUGCCCUUCUCAGGAGGAUCAAGGAACUGCAUUGGGAAACAAUUUGCCAUGAAUGAGCUAAAGGUGGCCGUGGCCCUGACUCUACUGCGCUUCGAGCUGCUCCCAGAUCCCACUAGAGUUCCCAUCCCCAUUCCUCGGCUUGUGCUGAAGUCGAAGAAUGGGAUUCAUCUGCGUCUCAAGAAGCUCCAGUGA